GCGCUUCAAUACCACUGACGUAUUUUUAAGGCGACAGGCGUAGUUAUCUGUGAUCAAAAUGGCGUCCUACUGUUUGAUUGUCUCUAGGUUGCGGUUCGCCCUUGGAAGUGGCUCAAGAGGAUUCCAUGUGUCGGCAGCCUUCGGUGCCAAGGCCAAAGUGGCCAUGAGCCACUUUGAACCGGGCUCCAGUCUAAAUUACGAGAAGAUGCAUGAGAACAUCAGUAUUGUACGCAAAAGACUCAACAGGCCUCUUACUCUGUCAGAGAAGAUAGUGUACGGUCACCUGGAUGAUCCUGCAGGUCAGGACAUUGACCGAGGCCGCACCUAUCUCCGCCUGCGACCAGAUCGAGUGGCUAUGCAGGACGCCACCGCCCAAAUGGCGAUGCUUCAGUUUAUCAGCAGCGGUCUGCCGAAGGUGGCCGUUCCCUCCACCAUCCACUGUGAUCACCUGAUCGAGGCACAGAUAGGAGGAGCUGAGGACCUGCAGAGGGCUGUGGAGGUGAACCAUGAGGUUUAUAAUUUUCUCGCAACAGCUGCAGCCAAAUAUGGAGUCGGCUUCUGGAAACCAGGCUCGGGGAUCAUCCAUCAGAUUAUUCUGGAGAACUACGCCUAUCCUGGAGUGAUGCUGAUCGGCACUGACUCCCACACUCCUAACGGUGGUGGUCUGGGUGGCAUCUGUAUAGGAGUUGGUGGAGCUGAUGCUGUGGACGUCAUGGCUGGAAUCCCUUGGGAGCUCAAAUGUCCUAAUGUGAUUGGAGUGAAACUGACAGGCAGCCUCUCUGGGUGGACAUCUCCAAAGGAUGUCAUUCUGAAGGUUGCUGGCAUUCUGACUGUGAAAGGUGGCACUGGAGCCAUUGUGGAGUAUCACGGUCCUGGAGUCGACUCCAUCUCCUGCACUGGAAUGGCCACCAUCUGUAACAUGGGUGCUGAGAUUGGAGCCACCACAUCAGUUUUCCCGUACAACCACCGUAUGAAGACCUACUUGGAGAAGACAGGCCGCGGAGAUAUUGCUUCUGCGGCUGAUCAGUUCAAAGAUGACCUGGUCCCAGACCAGGACUGUGACUAUGACCAGGUCAUUGAGAUUAACCUGAGUGAGCUGAAGCCCCACAUCAACGGCCCUUUCACCCCGGACCUGGCCCACCCUGUGUCUGAACUCGGCUCUGUGGCCCAGAAGAACGGCUGGCCCCUGGAGGUUAAAGUUGGUCUGAUUGGCAGCUGCACAAACUCCAGCUACGAAGACAUGGGCAGAGCAGCCUCCCUGGCCAAACAGGCUCUGGACAAAGGUCUAAAGUGCAAGGCUCAGUUCACAGUGACCCCGGGAUCAGAGCAGAUUCGAGCCACGAUUGAAAGAGAUGGCUAUGCCAAAAUCCUGAGUGAUGUCGGUGGAGUUGUUCUGGCCAAUGCUUGUGGACCAUGUAUUGGACAGUGGGACAGAAAGGAUGUGAAAAAGGGAGAGAAGAACACGAUCGUCACCUCCUUUAAUAGAAACUUCACUGCUAGGAAUGACGCCAACCCUGCUACUCAUGCAUUUGUCACCUCGCCUGAGAUUGUCACUGCCUUGGCCCUGGCUGGGACGCUGAACUUCAACCCUGAGACUGACUACCUGACUGCUCCUAAUGGUGAGAAGUUCAAACUGGACCCUCCCACUGGCGAUGAACUUCCUUCCAGAGACUUCGACCCAGGCCAGGACACCUACCAGCAUCCUCCAGCAGAGAGCAGCUCUGUCAAGGUGGAUGUGAACCCUGCGAGCAACCGUCUGCAGCUCUUGGAACCCUUUGACAAGUGGAAUGGAAAAGAUCUGGAAGACAUGCUGAUCCUUAUCAAAGUGAAGGGAAAGUGCACCACUGACCACAUUAGUGCUGCUGGCCCCUGGCUGAAGUUCCGUGGUCAUUUAGACAACAUCUCAAACAAUCUGCUGAUCGGUGCUGUCAACAUGGAGAACGAUGCUGUCAACAAAGUGAGGAAUCAGCUGACGGGAGAGUACGGCGGUGUGCCAGAUGUGGCCCGGCAUUACAAAGCCAGUGGAAUAAACUGGGUGGUGAUUGGAGAUGAGAACUAUGGAGAAGGAUCCAGCCGAGAACAUGCUGCAUUAGAGCCUCGACACCUGGGAGGACGAGCCAUCAUUGUGAAGAGCUUUGCCAGGAUCCAUGAAACAAACCUAAAGAAACAAGGUCUCCUUCCUCUGACUUUUGCCAAUUCUGAAGACUAUGAGAAAAUUCUUCCCAAUGACAAGAUUUCAAUCGCAGGCCUGAAAUCCUUCACCCCUGGCAAGCCACUGACAGCUGUGAUCAAGCACGCAGAUGGCAGCCAGCAGUCCAUCUCACUCAACCACACCUUCAACGAGACACAGAUUGAGUGGUUCAAGGCAGGCUCCGCCCUCAACAGGAUGAAGGCGCUGCAGUAGUUUGUGGCGAGGAUGAGGGUGGAAACGUUUUCUUGGUAAGGAAGUGGAGAAUUAUGGACAAAGCAAAUAGUCAGAGGCAACUGUAGAUGGUAAUGAGCACUCUCACACACACACACCUGUACACCUAAUGUCGCUGUAUGAUAGAAAGCGCACACACUGAUACAAGCACAUCAAUGCACAGACAGUGUUAUAAAUCUCAGUCAUCAGGUGAAAUGACAGACAAAAACUUUUAAAUAAUAAAACCUACCUUUUAAAGCAGCCCCCUAUUUUUCAACUCAAAUGUGGAUUUCAUAAUUGUCUUCGUCAGAACUGUUAGCUGAAGUACAUCCUACUUUCCACAUGGUGAAGAGCUUUACCCUGUGACUCGAUUAUUGCCAUGAACAAGUGUCUGAGUCACUGGUGUUUUUGUCCAGAAUAAUUACGUCACUGUCAUCAGUGAAUCAGCCUUGAAAACCUGUCACCCUGCUGUCACCUGAGCUCUGGAGAGUUCACAUUAGUGUAGUUUUUCAGUCACCUGCACCUCCUGUUUGCCUGCCUCCUGUCGUCCAAGAAAACUUGUCUCUUCUUGGUUGUGUUUUUGCCACAAGAAUGUCCAAUCACCACACAUGGCUCUGCUGUGUUGUCAGGUCUGGCUUCAUGAUUUUUGUACUUCAUGUCGGUGUCAAUGUGACUGGGAGAAAAAGAGCAAUGAAAACAUUUUCUGAGGUUAUCAUCUGUCUGUUCCUGUCUCGACUCUUUUAUUACCGUCUCACCUUCUUAUCUUCACCAAGGAAAACGUGUUCCGUCCAAACUGCAACCUGUUUGUCUUAAAAAAAAUGUUUUCUCACUUUGACCUAUAAUAUGGUUCUGAGCAUCAUUUGAAACACUGUUUAGUUUUUACAGAGUAAUUAACUGUUUAGUUUCCACUUUCUUUUGCACUAGCACUUUGUAGAGAUAAUCAAGUAGUAAUGAGUUCUUUGCACUUUUUUCAUUUUUUUAAUAUUCCAAAUUCACCAUACAGCUCUAAUUAGGGUACAAAUUUUACAAUCAUUAGACAGUAAAAUAAAUAGUACAUACUAAAAUGGGAUUGUCACAUUGUCUGAUGCACUAAAAAUGUGAUUUAUGUCACUGUGUAUAAUUAAUAAAGUCCUAUCUAUCUAUCUAUCUAUCUAUCUAUCUAUCUAUCUAUAAUCUAUUGUUAAGGGAUUCUUUUUUUAAAGAUGAUUAAACUAUCACUAGGUUGGUGGUGUUAGCUGCACUAAGUAUAGGAAUUUGUAAAUAACAAAAAAAAUGCACACAUUGCAUAUUCUAACAAGUGACAAUCCCACACUGUAUUUGACCUCUUCUAAGUACUAUUUAUUUUUAAAUAUUGCACUAGGUUUGAAUAUAUUUUUAAAGGUGUGAUAUCAUUCUUGGUACAGGUUCAGCUAAAGCAAUUGUUAAGCGAAACAUCUUUACUGUGACUGUUUUGUUUUAAACAGAAAUGUUUACACCUGAAAUUAAAAUGUAAUAAAACAGUUAUCUUUAUAAAUCAUUUCCCUAUUCCAAGUAUAAUGGUUUUAGUAAAGUACUGAAGAUUGUUUAGAGUGCUUGCUUUUGUAACUAAUGAAGUGAAGAUUAUAUAAAUAAAAUAAAAAUAUAUUUACAUUAAA